AUGAUUUGUGUAGUGUUGUAUUUUUCGCCUCAAUGGUUCGGCGAGAGAUUCUCUUCAAGAAUGUUUAGUACGGCAUGGCGGCUUCCGUAUGAGAACGAUAGACGACUUAAGAAGCUCGGCUCGGAAAAAGAACAUUUAUUUUUCCCCCUAGGAAGUCUUUAUAUUUUUUCUGAUAGUGUUUCUAAAUUUCCAGUUAUGAAUCUGAGAUGUAUUGUUUUCAUUUGCUUUGUGGUGUUGAACAGAGAUAUUUGCCAAUAA